AUGGAUCUAUCCACGAUUCCGUUCGGGGCGCCUGUCAUUCUUCAGUCGAUUCGUAAACAUAUAAAUCUGCAGAAUCCUCUCGGGUCCAAGAAAGCUCGUUGUCUAACAGACAAUCGUGACAUCUACGAGCAGCUCAUUUUACAUCGAGUUCGCGACGACAAGAUCGCUAUCCAGUCUCGUCACACCGGCCGCUUCCUGCAAGUUCGCGUAUCUGGAGAAUGCGUGUUUGAUCCCACUGAGCCUGGCGAGUGGGAGCUCUUUACUAUGGAGACGGACUCGAGUUGCGCUCUCUACUUCGUAUCGUGCCACACUGGAAAUGUCCUCCAGUGUGACGACAAUAAAGCGGUCAAGUGUGCGAAUCAAAAUCGUCAAGAUUGGGAGGCAUGGCGGAUCGUGGAGCCCCGCUUCGUUGCUACCAUCAACCAAACGCAGCGUGUUUUGGAUCAGCGCCACGUCCUUGCUGGCACAGACCGCCAGCACUUUGUCCUGGAGCUUGCAAAAUGUGGUAAAACACCUCAAGAAAUCGAGAAGAUCGUGACGAGCAUGUUUGAUGACCCUGCUAGCUCGCCAGUAGCUGUUCCAGUCGCUACCGAGUAG